UGGAGCAAUCUGCCGAAAGAGCACAAGUUACGAAAGUUUUCGGAAGCACUGCGCGACCUGUUGGAAAAUGCCGGGUACAAUGAGAUGUAUGGCAUCGAGCUGGAGGCGCCAGAGGGAGACCAGCCAGCAGCGCACACGACGCUCAUCAUCCUCCAGAAGUUCUUACGAGCCAACGUAGACGAUCUCGCCAAGGCCAAAGACCAGCUUCUACACGCGCUGAAGUGGCGGAAGGAUUACCAGCCGCUGAAAGUAAGAGAUGAGGUAUUCGAUGCAGAAAAGUUUGGAAAGCUGGGAUACGUGACCAGGGUGAAGGGCGCAAAGGAAACACCCAAUGACGAAGACGUCGCUACCUUUAACGUUUACGGCGCUGUUGGGAAGGACAUCAAGAAGACAUUUGGAGAUACCGACGCCUUCGUCCGCUGGCGAGUCGCUCUCCAAGAGCUGACCCUCCGAGAACUGCACCUCGAACAAGCCGACAAGCCCAUUCCCGACUACGGCAAAGGUCCAGACCCAUACAAAUCCCUCGCCGUCCACGACUACAUGUCCAUCUCCUUCUUCCGCCAACCAGCCGAGAUCAAAGCCUCGUCGAGCAAGAUCAUCGACAUGUUCCAGAGGUACUACCCCGAGACCGUCUCGUACAAGUACUUCGUCAAUGUGCCACUGGUCAUGCAGUGGAUGAUGGGCGCGAUGAAAGCGCUGAUGUCCAAGGACUCCAUUCAAACCAUGACCUGGAUGACCUACGGCAGCGAGCUGUACAAGUAUUUGGGUCAAGAGGUCCCUAAGGAAUACGGUGGCACC